UGGUUGCCGACCGAAAAUGUUAACGUAACGGUGCUCGGCCGUACUUGGUACUUUACAACGGCUUUUUGGUAGCUUUGGUAGCGGCAGGCUGACAGACCUGCUCGUGCGUUGCGUCUUGCGUCCCCAUCUCCACAUAAACCCUGAGGGCGAUCAAAUACCCGGCCCACAUCUAAUUAAAGUCGCUCAUCCAUUAACUUCAAACAGACCUGGGGGCCGGGGUGAGCAGGACCCCAGACCCCUCAAACCAGAACCUCAUCACGCAUCACGGCUUGGUAGUUAAGCACAAGUCAUGUCCGUCAACAUGUCUGCUUGAGAUCUCCUUCCUGUCCUUUCCUUCAUUUAUUCUCACCUUCGUUGCUCUUUCGUUUUUGCUUCCGGGUGUCCUGGCGAGCCUGUCCCCUCUUUUGGAAACAACACCACAUCAGCAGAUCUCGCACAAACCUCCCCCACUAGCAUUAACCUGACUCGACGUUUCAAGCAUUUCUACUUACUAGUCUCGGACAACCAAUCACUUAGCCGACCCCGCUGGUACCUGGACGGGAUAACGGUGAAGAUGCUUUCUACUUCUAGAAAGAAUUCUGGUCAACCUCGACCAGCUGGGGUGAGAGGCCGAGACAACGAGUUUCCCUCCUCGCGUGUUAAAGAUCAUACACCAGUAACUGCGGCCAAAAAAUCUCAAGAGACCCAAAAUUUUGAUUUUAGUCAGCUUGGUGGACAAGAGACAGUUCCAGAGAGACCAAGUACCUCAUCUGGACCUGCUUCCUCUUCCCAGUCAAUUCGAAAGAACGCUACUAAAAGGGAAACCAAAGACGACCUAUACUUUAAUUCCUUGAAGGCGCCCGGAAGAGAUACAGAGUUUAAUGACUUCCCUCUCCCAGGAUCCCUUCCCACACCAGAACACUCCCCAAAGGAGUUAAGUUUGCCUCCUCGAAAGUCAUCAUUGGCGGCCUCGCAACCGAGUCAACCACCUACACCCGAUUCCAUGAACGCCAAUUCUAAAUCUGCAACAAUGGCUGUUCCACACACUGAGAUUGGGAUGGCGUUGGGUAGUCCAUCACAACAACCUGUAGACUGGCCUUCAUUACCUCACAACGACAUGUCAAGAACCAUGACAUCAGAAGUGACGAACGAGUCUGUAGCCAUCACGGCUGCUCCUCCAGCGAAGCAAAAAGGGAGCAGAUGGAAGGUUUUUGGGGGAUUGUUUGGAGGAAAGAAGCAGCCGGACGCUCAGCAACCAUUUUAUCAAGUACAACCGGUGGAGUCUCCUCGACAGAAAGCUGCAGAGACUGAAUCCUCAACAAGGGGUUCUGGUUCUAAUACCUCCGAAGAGUUGUCUGCGAAUGCAGAAGAGCCGAAGAUGAGGGCUCGCGGACGAAGCUUUUCUACACGAAAAGUCAAGUCUCCAAUGAAGAGAUCAAAUACAUUGCCCUCGGUUCCACCAAAUUCAAAACCUCCAAUGCCUACGCCUGAGAUUAAGUUGGAUGGAGGAUCAUUGGGGAACAACCACCAAUUACUCGAUGUCAAUAUCCCAUCUAUACAAAUGGAACGGUAUAGCGUAAUGUUUGGAAGUGUUCUUCAAAAGCCUACCAACAAUGCAUCAACUUUACUAGCAAGGCGACAAGCAACUCUGGAUAAACUUAAGACGGCGCAGGAGGCUCUAGAUGCAAAGGUUGGUCCAUGCCAGUCGUUAGGUCAGCAUUAGUAUUAACGUGUAAUUUCUAGGAGCGCGAAAUACUGGAAAACGAAAAGCGACUUCAGAUGCAAGGAAGAAGGGCAACCUCACCCGGGUUCCCUAAAAGUCCCGGAUUCCCCAAAAGUCCCGGAUUCUCGCUCUUUCCUAAUACGCCUUCGAAAUCAACACACAGCGAAUCAUCCCCCACUAGAUCUCUGCCGAAAACCCCUGGUGGACUACAUCGUUCCAAUACCUCACCUGCCGCUCUUUCUCCUUCUCGUCCUUCAUUUGCUCCAGGUCCUGACAAUAAUGUACACUCCGAUCACGUACCUUUGCCUCCCACUCAAAAAGCACGCCCAAGUCUGGAAAAUGAUACUCUGACUGUCCCUGCUGCGGUAGUAAACAAACAAAAGGGGUCAGUUGCAGCUGCUCGAGCGGCAGCUAUAUUGAAGCAAAAGGCUCUCCAGCAGCGCAAUUGGUCGCCAGAAGACUCGCAUUUAGCUCUCAGUUCACCUGACAGUGCUCAUACUGCAUAUACCCACUCUCCAAGUCCAGUUGUUACUGCUCAUGAACCGGCACCUCUUAAACCCAAACUCUUGGAACCGGCAUGGGAAAUUGUUAAUCAAUCCGAAAAGACGGCAAGGCCACCAACCAUAGCAUCUGCCUCCUCAUCAAUUUCGGGUCUCAGUGGUUCAACGGCAACCUCUGCAUCAGUUCCAUUUGUUUUAAAGCAGCAAUCUCCAGAACCAGCAUCCCAACCAAAAUCUGUCGUGUCGGCGCAACCAAAUAGUCGUAUUCCUGUGUCCGUGCCUAGUGCCCAAGUUCAACCAUCAGACAAAGCCUCAAGCGAAUCUACAGAGAACGAUGAAGAAAGCAAACGCAAGGCCGCAGCGGAUGUUUCUAUCGCUCGCCAGAUCUCAGUAUCUCGCCAGCAACGCGAACUCCUUGUCCCCAUCACCAUGAACAAAAAACCGACGAACCAAAAAUUGAAUAAAGGCUUUGUCGCCAGUCCAGUAGCGCACAAAAGUCCACUUGGGGCUGUUGCAACCGCUGUUUCUGAGGAGAGGGAGCGCGAAGAGAAAGGGACGAAGAAUAGUGCACCUCCCAUUCUAGUACAUAAGGAACGAAUUGUGGAUGGUGUCAAACCAGCAACACCAACUCUGGUCAUCAUGAACGACGAUCAUUCCGUGAAAGCCUGGGAUGGAAAUACCGCCUCUCCUAUUGUUCACCCGGGAACUCUCGUGCCAAUUGGUGGUAGUAUUUCUGAGCGAAGAAGAGGGAAGGAGAUGGGAGAGAUUAAAGUUGGGUUGGAAGUUAAGCGAAGUAGGUCGAGAUCAACUCGAACCAAGGAAGAAACAAAGGAACUACAGCAACGGAAAAGCGAAAGGGUUGUUGUGGAGCGUGUGGGCGUUACUUCAAAUUAGCGUGUUUUGGGUUUUUGGGUGGAUUAAAAGGUUUCGUUUCUCAGUCAGGCUUCAGUUCAUACUCUGGCAGUAUUUUUUCUUCUAUCUCUGUUCAUAAAUUGGGGGAUUUCAGGCGGAUUUGGGGGUGUCUGGGAAUGGGGUUUCUUGUGUUGGUCUUGGAUGGGUUUUAUGUCUUUGCUCAUAGUCAGUCUCUUUUGUAGCAACGGUUUGAUGGGGUUGGAUGUUUUUUUGUAAGGAUGAUACCACAGAUUGUUGUUUUUUUGGCUUUCUCUUUUAUAUCAGUAUUUUUAUGAACUGAAAUUUAUAUCAUUAUCAUAGUACA